GACACGAACCGUUCGUUUCUACCGGGGUCACCGGUGCGCGGACUCGGUCUGAGGACGGAGGUCCCCCGGUGUGGGGGGGGGUCACCAUCUGCCGGUCGUGCGUUGUCGUUUUUAUGCGGAGGCGGCGAUGCUGUGACAUCACACUUCAAAUGCGUCCAAUGACAGCGCUUGGAUUAUGUCCAGGUGCGGGGCAUCACACAGGACAGACCAAUGAGGGGGAGGAGGGACGGCCAUGAUGGACAGGACGGGGCUCGGCCGGAGAUGAUGGAGCAGGAGGGGAGAAGGAGAGGGGACAGGGGCCAGGCGGUGGAGGUGGUGGGACAGGAGGAGAGGGAGGAGACGGGCGGUGAGACGGGUUGGGUGUCCCCGCUGCCUGUCUUCCUGUUUCCCACUGAGCUGCUGUUUUAUUCUGCACAGAGGAACUUGCACAGGAGAGUUUUAACCCUGUACAACCCCAACAGAUUCAGGAUCAGCUUCAAGAUGCUGUGUACUGCUCCCUCGCUCUACCGAGUGGUGGAGGCAGAGGGCAGCGUCCGAGCGUCGUCCUGCGUUGACCUGGUGGUGCGUCACCAGGACGUCUCCCCCCGUAACUGGGGCCGUAGAGACCGGUUCCGCCUGGAGGUCAGAGGAGGGGGCCGAGUGGGAGUACGGGAGAUAUGGGCCGAGCUGAAGGGAAGAGAGGAGGAGGAGGAGGAGGGAGGAGGAAGAGGACAGGAGAACGAGGACGGGAAGAGGAGGAAGACUAAACAAGGAGUAGGUGGAGGAGGACGCCAGCAGAGGGCGCUUUCUGCUCUGACUCCUCUGUCUCCUCUACUGGUGCCCACUCAGAGUCGCCUGCAGCUGCCCACCUGCACAGGUGUAGCUGUGCGCAGUGUGUCUCAGUGGGUGGUGUGUGUGAUGAUCGCAGUUCUGUGUGUCACAGUGUUGAUGCUCCCCCUCCACACUGAGAGCAGCUCGGUGGUUCCACGCUGCCUGCACGUCUCCACCAAUCAGAAGCUGGCCUGUGCCUACACACUGGGUCUUCUCACCGCGGUGUUUCUACGGUAACCAGUGACGCAACGAUGCUGUUUGCUGCUUCCUGCACAUCACCAUAGCAACCACGGACCUGCUUAACCGCACCUGACCGUUGACCUCCACAGCGAUACAAACAGUGUCCUUGAUGAUGUCAUCGUGUCAAUGUAGCCUGGUGUUCUACAAAAACUUUAUUUAAACAUGGAAACAGUCGGUGUGAAUCCGAUUCAGUCUAAUUCAAUCUGAUUAAAGUGUUUAUGUGAACAGCAACGAAACAGAA